UUAUAAACUCCAGUAUCUUGAGUUGAAUGUAAGCUUCGGCACUCUCCUGAGAUCCACCAGCACGCUUGCAUAUUAGCUUUUCAUAUUGUCAACAAAACAUGUUCGACAUGAAGCCCAUGUCCUUGGUUCUACGACUUAUGAUCCUCUUCUUUAGCCUUAAACUAGCAGCCAUUACCACUGGCAGUGACCAUUUUGUCUUCUCUGGCUUCUCCAACUCCGACAUCAAUCUUGAUGGAGCGGCCACUGUGUUGCCAAAUGGUCUACUCUACUUGACCAAUGGCACUGCCAUGAUCAGGGGGCAUGCGUUCUACCCGACUCCAUUGCGUUUCCGUGAGUUCUCCAACAGCACCGUCCAUUCCUUCUCUGUCUCAUUUGUGUUCGGCAUCCUCCCACCCUAUCCCAGUCAUGGCAUCGCCUUUUUUGUUGCACCAAGCAAGAAUUUCUCGUCCGCAGUAGCCGUACAAUACAUGGGUCUCCUCAACAAACAGAGCAAUGGCAACGUAACCAACCACAUCUUUGCGGUUGAGCUUGAUCCUGUCCAAAACAGCGAGUUCCAUGACAUCAAUGACAACCAUGUCGGCAUUGACAUCAACAGUCUUCAAUCGAUGCAAUCCUACUCUGCUGGAUUCUAUGAUGGUAAAAAUGGCAAUUUCGAGAACCUGAGCCUCAUCAGUGGUGCGGCGAUGCAAGUCUGGGUGGACUACAACGCGAAGACAUCAGAAAUUAACGUGACCAUGGCUCCAUUGCAUGUGGAGAAACCAGUGAGGCCACUACUCUCAGCCACCUACAACCUUUCAACAUUGAUCACAGAGCUGGCAUACGUCGGCUUCUCAUCUUCUACAGGCAAAAUCAAAUCACAAAACUAUGUGCUUGGAUGGAGUUUUGGCAUGAAUUCUCCUGCUCCAGCUAUCGACGUCACCAAGCUGCCGAGGUUGCCUCAUGUUAGCACAAAGGAUCGAUCAAAGAUUCUGGAGAUCAGUGUACCAAUGGCAAUAGCGAUGGUUCUCAUUGCAACUGGUACUACUAUUUUCUUACUUGUUCAAAGGCAUUUGAGAUAUGCUGAGUUACGAGAAGAUUGGGAGUUCGAGUAUGGACCACACCGGUUCUUGUAUAAAGAUUUAUUUGAUGCCACACAAGGAUUCAGGGACAAGCACCUGGUAGGAAGUGGAGGAUUUGGGACGGUGUACAAAGGAGUGCUUCGUGUAUCUAAAUUAGAGAUAGCUGUGAAGAGGGUGUUGCACAGCUCGCAGCAAGGCAUGAAGGAGUUCAUCAUGGAAAUUGUUAGCCUGGGUCGCCUCCAACACCGCAAUCUUGUGCAGUUACUUGGUUAUUGUCGACGAAAAGGUGAACUCUUUUUAGUAUAUGAUUACAUGCCAAAUGGAAGCCUAGACAAAUACUUAUAUAGUCAAGAGAACAAUCUUUAUCUUGGUUGGGCUCAAAGGUUUCAUAUCAUCAAAGGCAUUGCAUCUGCAUUGUUGUAUCUCCAUGAGGAGUGGGAGAAAGUUGUCAUUCAUCGAGACAUCAAGCCAAGCAAUGUGCUACUCGACAAUGAGAUGAAUGCACGUCUUGGUGACUUUGGCCUAGCAAGAUUGCAUGACCAUAACAUUGAACCACAAAGCACACAGGUUGUUGGUACCAUAGGAUACCUAGCUCCAGAGCUGGCAUCCAUUAGCAAGGCAACUCCUCAUACUGAUGUCUUUUCUUUUGGCAUAUUCAUUCUUGAAGUCACAUGUGGAAAAAAACCUAUAAUAGAAAGCAAUCAAGAAAACCAACUCAUGCUGGUGGACUGGGUGCUCGAGCAUUGGCACAAAGGGUCACUCACUGAUACAGUGGAUACUAGGCUCGAAGAUGAGGAGCAGUUCGAGAACCUCCAGACCAAGUGUUUGAAGAGUCUGAGCAGCAAAUUGGAAGAGGCAAGUGUCCUUGAAUAUUCUGAUCCCAGUUUUUAAAUGCGUUCUUCAUUUCAAACAUGCAUGUUGUUAAUACUGAAUCCCAUUUACUUAUAGUACCAUGUUCCAUAUUUUCCUUGUCACCUUAGUUUUAGUAGUGAUUAUGAUGGGUAGCUUAUGCUUAGAUUUGCACAAGGGUAUCGAUGGGUUGAUGGUUAAACAUGACUAAUGAGCUAUGCAACUAUGAGUUGGAAAAUACUAGUAAUGGUAUAGCAAUAUGAAACCUUAGGUCUUGAGCAAAGAGGUGUUGGUGAUGGUGAUUAUAGUUAUGUGGUUAGUUUGGCAUUUGCUCAAGUGACCUAAGUAAGGACCUGGUUUAUGGAGCAACUGUCACGCCCCCAAAUUCUUAAUCAUGUAAUUAAGCAUAAUCACACUUUUUAAGCAUUAUGUUUAAUUUUGCGUAAUUAUAAUUCGGAAUAUUAAUGCAAUGCGUAUGAAAUCAUUUGGAUGAGAGAAAGAAAUACAGGUGGGAAAAGAAUUGAAUUCACAGUGAAAAUAGACACCUUUCACUUACAUGUAGGCCCCACAUGUGGCCCCACCUUCCAACCACCCCAAAGGGGCAGCUCACCUACCCUCUCUCUCUCUCUCCCACCUGCUCCCGCCCUCACUCCCGUGCUCCAACC